UUCAGGAUCUCUUAGCGCGAUAUGACUGAUGGAGGAGAUGAGCGGAGACCCAAACUGUGAGGACCUGCAGAGGAAGGACCACCGGCUGCCGUUCCAGAUCUUCCCGGAGCCCGUGGAGGUGGUCCUGGGCCCAGAGACCCUCCUCCCCCUGGAGCAGGAGCAGGAGAAGGAGCGCCUCCCCUCCAUCGUGGUGGAGCCCACCGAGCUCAGCGAGGUGGAGAGUGGAGAGCUGCGCUGGCCUCCAGACAAUAUGGAGGAGGAGGAGGAGGAGGAAGAGGAGGACCUGUUCCUGGAGCAGUGCAUCCCCCCGGCCAACAUCGCAGACUGGGGAGACGAAGAGGAGGAGCAGGAGGAGGAGCAGGAGGAGGAGGAGGAGGAGGAGACGUCAGUCAUCCUGAACCAGCAGCAGCAGCAAGGCCUCACACUCAUCGAUCUUCAGUCGGACGCGUUCAGAGACGACACUCCCACCCUCCCCCCCAGCAGCGCUCCGGCCCUCAACUGA